AUGAUGGCCAGUCCACAUAAAGCGGCAGGACUUCGUAUGAAGGUCGAUGGAAAAUGGCUUCACAUUAACGAGGAAACCAUUCAAAAUCAUCCAGGAGGCGCUGUAAUUCGACAGUAUGUAAACGCUGACGCCACUCACAUUUUCCACGCUUUUCAUGAAGGUUCACGAAAAGCCUAUAAACAACUGGAGGCUUUGAAAAAGAAUGCUUGGGAUCCUUCAGAAGAUCUUGAAGAGGCGUUAAAGCUUCGUUUGGACAAGGCUGAUGUGAACAUCUCAACUUAUGACAUUUCCAUUGAACAGGAGAAGAAAAUUGUCGAAAGUUUUGAGCGCCUGCGGCAGCGAGUGCACGACUGGGGAUUAAUGGAGGCGCAGCCAUGGUACUACGUGGCGAAGGCGGCUACAACUCUAGGAUUCAUGUUCUUCGCAUUUUACUUGCAGUAUUGCGGCUGGUAUUUCACAUCCGCUCUCUCUCUCGCUAUUUCAUGGCAACAAUUCGGUUGGCUUACACAUGAGUUCUGUCAUCAACAACCAACCAAGAAUCGAAAACUCAAUGAUAUGUUUUCAAUUGCGUUCGGAAAUCUUGCACAAGGGUUUUCGGCUGACUGGUGGAAGGAUAAGCACAACACUCACCACGCCACCACAAAUAUGAUCGAUCAUGACGGUGACAUCAACCUAGCGCCGCUUUUCGCCUUCGUUCCGGCCGAUCUGUCAAGAUACAAGUUGCCAGUGGAAAAAUUCAUCCUAAAAUUCAUUCCUUACCAGCACCUUUAUUUUACCCUUUCCUUACCAUUACUUCGAUUCUCGUGGACUUCUCAAUCAUUGCUGUGGGUAUUCGCUGAGAAUUCCAGCGAAUAUCGGGUCUACCGCAAGAAUGCGUUGACAGAGCAGUCCUUUCUCAUGGCCCACUGGGCUUGGGUGUUCCUACAGCUUUACCUGCUGCCAUCUAUGGGAGUUCGAAUUAUGUAUUUCAUGGUGUCGCAGUUGCUGUCUGCAUUCCUCAUCGCUUAUGUCGUGACAUUCAGUCACAACUCAGUCGAUAAGUAUCCAGCAAAUUCUCGCCUCCUUAACAAUUUCGCAUGUCUUCAAAUUCUGACCACCAGAAACAUGACGCCAGGACCGAUCACUGAUUGGCUCUGGGGUGGACUUAACUAUCAGAUCGAGCACCAUCUGUUCCCCACAAUGCCAAGAUGCAAUUUGAACACGUGUAUGAAACUGGUUAAAGAGUUCUGCAAGGAGAACAAUCUGCCGUAUCUCGUCAACGACUAUUUUGAGGGAUAUGCGAUGAAUCUGAAACAACUUCAGAACAUUGCUAACAUUUCUAACACGAAGAGUAAUUGA